UUCAGUUUAGUUAAAAGACACGUAGGAUCUACUUUAUCCAAUCACUUAGUUGUGCUGACAGUUGUGUAAUGAACGUAUGCACAAAUAUUUUUAUUCCAUUUCUUUUAAACAAUAAUGUUUAACAUUUCUCGUACAUAAAAAUUAUUUUUCCAGAACAAAUUUGCAACAAUACUUGAACAUUUGAACAAUACUUCUCCGCAAUGGCUCAAUUAGCAACUGAUGCAGUACCAUCAAAGCUCCUACCCAUAUCUAAUCAAACUUCGUCCCCGGAAGAGUUAAACAAAAAAAUUCUUCGACUGAUAGAGCAUGAAUUAGAUAUUGAAGAAAAAUUUUCUAUCCUAUUCCUCAUGUUAGACGACUUUUAUUGCUUUAAUGACCUUAUGGCCAUUUAUCUCCAGAAUGGCCACAGUGACAUAAUUAUUCAGCACCUUAAAAAAAUUUCCAACUGGAAAGAUAAGUUUAUUGAAGCAUUGUGUAUAAUUAAUAAUCAAAAAAUCAUCACUAGUCUAGGACUAUUAAUGAAGGAUUUGGAACUAAUUCAUUAUCCUUUUUCAUCACGAAUAGUGUCUAAGAUUAAUGUUGGAGCUAAGAUUUUAUAUAAAUGCUUUGAGUCUCUUGGUGUUAAAGACCAAGCGUUGUUAUUGAAUGCAAUUUAUAAAAACAUUGAAAAAGAUGAGAGGCUGAAGAAUGUGGAAAUACUUGAACUCCAUGCUUUAUAUUGGAUUUCAGUGGGAUACAUCACAAUCAAACCAAACGAAGGUGAUAUGAGGCAACUUUUAAAAUGUUUGAAAUCGUUGGGGCAUUAUGAAAAGAUAUAUUACUGUGAUAUAGACUGGUAUUGUUCUAAGCUAUUUAAACAAAUAAAGAUUGAAAGUACUGAUAGUAAAAAUAAUCUUGAGCAGCACGUAAUUAUUAAGAAAGGAUUGUGUUUAAUCAUUAAUGAAAUGGAUUUUCGUUUAUUUGAUACUGAGAAGAGUUUGAUUUGUUUCCAGUAUGAAAAUAGAAAAGGAAGUGAAAAGGAUGAAGAGAAUUUAGUUCAUACGUUUCAUGGAUUAAAUUUUGAAGUCCAUCGUUUUAAGGAUUUAGAGGCAGAACAAAUUAUUACAAAAAUUAAAGAUUUUGCCUCAAAGAAUGAUGUUUAUGAUUGUUUUGCUGUUUGCAUCCUAAGUCAUGGUCUUCUCGGGAAAAUAGUGACUAUUGAUAAUGCAACUAUUUUAAUUGAUGAUAUUGAUAAAAUAAUGUGCACUAAGGAAAUGAAAAAUACUCUAAAACUCUUGAUCAUUCAAGCUUGUCAAGGCGACACUUAUGGUGUUCAUACGGAUACUGAUAAUCAUUUAACAACUGAUGGGGUAUCGUAUAACUAUAAUUUAGCUUUUUAUAAAGAGUAUUAUUGUUUCUCUUCUACGAUCAAAGAUCAUGUGUCUUAUCGUCAUAAGGAAGAAGGCUCAUGGUUUAUAACAGACUUGUGUAAUGUCUUGAAAGAAAACAAAAAAAGCAUUAUUUCUAUUGAGGAUUGGAAAAGGGAAGUUAUUAAACGAGUGCAGAAGAGAAGAGGGAAAUUAUCUGAUAAUAAUUGUGCUCAGUUGCCAGAAGCGACUGAUCGAUUGACAAAAAAGUUCUGUUUUCCUCCAUUCAAAGAUUUUUAAUUAAUAUUGGACUAUUGUUGAAUUUAAAUCAUAAACUUUAAUAAGAGUAUUUUUAUAGAAAAGAAGUUAAUGACAGAGAGAUUUUUACUUAU